AUGUUCAAAUCAAAUUAUUCAUCUCAACGCUCAUCAUUUCGUUCACAUCAUCCAUCAUCUCAUCAUUCACCAUCACAUCAAUCACAUCGUUUACAUUUACAUGAAAAAUAUUCAACAUUUCAUGUUCACUCGUCAGAUUAUGAAGUUGUAUUUGUGAAUAACGAAACAUCAACAAAUACAAUGAACAAAUUAUUGAAUCAUGUGAAUACAUGCAAACAAUAUUCGAUAGACACCGAAUCUGAACGAGCAAACAAUCAAUUAUCAUUAAUACAAAUUAAUUCAAUACCAAUUGAAACACCAUCACGUGUAAUGUUAUUCGAACUGAAGCACUUACCGGAUCAACAUUCACAAAAGUAUGAAAAAAUUCUUCAAAUGUUUCAAUUAAUUUUUAGGUUGGACAAUGAAAUUUAUUCUUGGGGAAACAUGCACAGGGAACUUGAACCAGCAAAAGAUUUAAUUAUCUGGCCAAUUCCAGCAGAAUUAAUUGAUAUUCAACCACAUUUUUCGGUGUGGUAUGAUUGGGCACGGACCCAGUGUGGGGUCCAGAGCCUGUCACAUCGAAAUGAUAAGAACAACGAUAAUGAAAUUAUACAACAACAUCAUCAACAAUCAUCAUGUCAUUGUCAUCCACCAUCACCAUACAAAAUCAAUGAACUUUGGUCUCUUCAAAAUGCAUUUAUGUAUGGAUGUAAAUUAUUUAUCGACAAAUCAUGCAGAUUAAGUCAUUGGUCAUUAAGUUUAUCAUCAAGUCAUUCAUCAUUAUCACAUGUUGAACGAAUGAAGAUGAUCCAUUAUGCUACACAUGAUGUUAUGGCUGUUACAUUUUUAGUACGACCAAUUACUGAACAAUGGACAUUUGAAAAAAUUAAAAAUAGGAAAAUGAAUGAAAUGCUCGUCGCAUUUAAUUCAAUUAAACUUCCACCAUUAUCAACAUCAAAAAAUAAAAAAAUUAAGAACAUCAACAUGCAAAAAUUCGCUACAUUAUUUAGGUGUAAUGAUCCAGCAGCAGAACAAAUUUCGUCGGAUGAUGAGAUAUAUUUGAAUCAAUUAAUUGAACCGAAUGAUUUUAAAAAUGAACAAGAUCAAAUUGAACCAAUUGAUGUUGAUUAUACACCAGUCAUCAAUGAUGAUGAACCAACUGAACCAAUACAACAACGAGAACCUGAACCAACUGAACAAGAAUUAAAUGGUAUUGAAUUAAUUAUUAAUGCUGAAAAUCAACUUGAAGAACAUCAUGAUAAUGAAGGAAUUAAACCAAAUGAAGGUCUUGAGAAAAAUCCACCAAAAAGGAAAAAUAAACCACAUCGUCAUCGUGAACGUUCACAAGCAGCAAGAAAACGAAAAAACAAAAAAAGAACUAAGAAACUUCGUCUACAUCGUUAUCGAUAUUGUGUUACUCAACCAUUAUAUUUUAAAUAUCCAAUGGCAUUGGUGAGAAUGGUAUUAGAUGAAUACAAUAUCGAUUAUGUACACGUUAAGAGACAAGAAGGAUAUUUAGUAGUUGGUCUGAAGAACAAGUUAAUCAAGAAACAAUAUGAACGACAAAUACCAGAAGAUUUAUUUGAUGGAAGAAAUUAUCAACGUCAUUAUCGACGACAACGACGAACAAGAUAA